AUGGCAAGUAGCAACAGGGUGACUGAGCCUGAUGGAGGCAAGAGUUCUGGAGUCUUCCUGGCUGUAUUUAGAGGAGAAAAGUCAAAGAAUGAAAUGGCUGGAGAAGAUCAGAGCCCAACCUUUGAGUUCCUGCUCGAAGAGUUCCUGUUGAAUGGAGAACAACAAGAGAUUCUGUUUUUAUUGUUCAAUGCCAUUAUUCUUAUGGGAGAAUUGGGUCCAAUAUUCCAGCUAGGCCAGUAUAUUCCCUGUGUUCAGCACUGUUUCCUUAGCCCUAGCUUUUAUGUGGAUCUCUGCUAUUUCUCUCAGAUAUUUUGUACUUUGGCACCUAGCUGGACAGCUGUUAACUUUGUCCAUAGGUAUUUCCCAAGUGCUUCCACUCCCACUGAACAGUUUCCCCAGAUAUCGAUGAUCUAUGAUCCUUAUGUAUCUGUCUGUUACCCUCUUUGGUACUAUUCAGUGAUUAUGUCUAAGAGGGCCUGCAGUCACCUGAUAAUGGCCUUUUUUGCCCAUGCUUUUCUCAGCCUUAUGAUAUACACAGUUUCAACUUCUCAGUUAUUUUUCUUUGACUCCAAUAUCCUCCAUGUCUUGUCUUGCCCGGACCCACAGAUACUCACCUUAGCCUCUUUAGACACUUGCCCUCAAGGAAAUCAGCUGUUUGUUAUUGGAACAGAGUUUAACAGCUCUUUCCUGACUGUCCUCAUCUCCUUUGUUUGUAUCCUGGCUGUCUUCUUCAGGAUCCUGUCCUCCAAAAGGAGGUUCAAAGCCUUCUCUAGCUGUGUUUCUCCCCUCUCAGCUGCCUCUUUAUUCUAUGGGAUUUCCUUCUUUGAGCAGGUAACACAGCUCAGUUCAACCUCUACUCUGAAUUAUGAUCAAAUUGAAUGA